GACCGGAAGAGAAGUGUCGCUGCGUGUGUUUUCGUGUUUACAUUUGGAGCGGCUCGUCGCAAUGAAUCCUCCGAUGAUCAUCUCGACCAGCUCCGUGUCAACAACAAAAAGUAAGACUGUGCGAAGCUGGCGGCACCUUCACUGCUUCACAGGAAGUACAGAGCCGCACAGAGUGAGGUGUAGGUCAGUUAGCUGUUAGCUGCACAUGUCUGUAACAGCUGAGUCUUAGCCAGUGUCUGUCAGUGCUAUCAAGCUGCACUCAUUCUGCAUGUGUCACAAGCAUGUUUGCUAACAGUCAGAGCUUCAGGUCGCAGCUUUCUGUGUGGCUGCAAACAUGGAUGUGAAUUUCAGUUUCCGAUUACCAGCAUAAUCCUUUAUUAUGGCAGCCACUCGGGAAACGAGAGGCAGAGCGCUCAGUUAACUGGACGGCGGAGGAAACUCAGGUGCUUCUCUGCGCCUGGAGUGACGAGCGAGUCCAGAAGACUUUGGCAGAAAACCUCCGCAACCGGCACGUCUUCAAACACCUCUCAGCUCGCAUGAGUGAAAUGGGUUUCUCUCGGAGUCCACACCAGUGCCGGCUUCGGGUGAAAACUCUGAAGGCCAACUAUGUUAGAGCCAAACUGCAGAGGAGCAUGGACAGCUCGCAGCCGUGCACUUUUAAAUACUUUGCCGAGAUGGAUGCGGUGCUGGGCCGAAGGUCGGCGGGAGGGGAUGGAGGGCCUCGUUUUGUUUCACACCAUCGGAUGUCAGAGUGCCACCUUGACUCUGCUGAUGGGACAAGGAGUGUUACAACAGAUUUAAAUUCCAGUGCAGAUAUAAGUGGACACCAUUUUGGCUCUUUGGGAAGACAACAUCUGAGCUCUUUGGAGGAGAGAGCAGGCUGUCAGCUGGACUCUGAGGUGAAGGUAGAGCACAGAGAAGAGUCAAUGGAUGAGUUUGAAUACAGCGACACGGGAUUCUCACAACACCCAAAGGACAGACAUCACGAAGUUUACCUGGAAACAGCCAUCCAUCCAGAAAUUAAUGGUACAACGGUGGAAAACAACUCAAGCACUCCUUCUCCACAUGUGGUAUCACCUUUACGUGCUCCUCCUGCUCCUACUCUUACCCAGUCCACUGCUUCUCCUCUCCCAGCACCUCCAGAUAUAAGCCCCAACACCCUCACUACUUCUGCCCACUAUCAACCUGAGUCCUCCUGCCUGGAACCUGUCCUCAAGCACCUGUCAGAGUGCUUCCAGCAGCUAGUGUCAGAGACCCGAAGUCUGCUGGUGCAGCUGGAGAGUCAGAGGCAGGAGCACGGCCGAUGGCACCAGGAGCUCCUGGCCCAGUGGCUGCAAAGGGAGGAGCGCCGGCAAAGGGAGACGGCUGAGAGGGAGGAGAGGAGGGAGAAAGCUCGCAUGGAGCACGAGAUUAGAGUCCUGGAGCUCCUCACCAAGCUUAGCCAACAGCAGGGGUGUAGAUGUGGAGGCAGCCGGACUUUAUCAGAGGGACAGGCCGGUUCAAAUCAUACUAUGAGCAAAGAUAGAAGUUAGGAGUUUUACAGUGGCUGACCCAGAGGGUCCUUCUCAGGUGGAAACAAAUAACACUAUUAAUGAUGCCAGCUGCCACAGACAGGUCAGCUAGGCUUAGGCCUGAAUCCUGAGCGUUUUGGAGGGAGAUUUUAGUUGAACCAAAUACACAAAGAGAUCCUCGAAAAGCAGGAAGUGUGUGAGAAGAAGAUGAUUGUUAACUGACAUUUAAGAGCUCAGAAAUCCAAAAAGAGGAAAUUACGGUUCCAGUAUAAAGAGGAAUUUCUUCUUUUUUUGCUGUCACGUUUGUUGGGGGAUUUCUGUGGUGUCAGUGAAUUUCACCAAAUGUUACAGAGUUGCUUUAAUGCACUUUCACAGAAAUUAAAAGUGUAUAUUUUCAGCCAGUUUGUGUUUUCCACUGAAACCUGUUUUCACCAGUGAUCUUGCUUCAGGGUUGGGGGCUCAGUAGGCUCAGUGUUUGGGUUCAGUGGAUCGAACCCUGAUGUCUCGAUCAGAGCUUAAAUAUUCAUACCAAAAAGCUGUUUUUCUUAAUGUCAAUUAACCACUUGAAACAAUGUGAACAAACCCUUGAAACAACAAAGCAAAAUGUAUUUAAAUUAAUGUGUAGGAUUUUAUACAUAUUUUGAUAUUAAAUUAUUGAUGUUUUCAAGAAGGUAUUUCCAUAUACGGCAUUAAAGUGGUUCCUUUUUCUAAUACAGAUGAAAAUGAUAAACAGAAGAAUAAUUAAGUCACAUCUUUUGCAAUAACUCUGCAAUAAGUUGCAAAUGUGCAGUGUAGUCCACAGCUGGAACAGGUGACAGCAACAAGCUAAAGUCAAUGAUGUGAAAGUCACAGGUUUGAUUCCUUCGGUGUCGACUCAGUUCGACCCUGCUGUUCAUUAGCAGGAUGCUGGGCAGUGACCUGCUGCUACAGUUUACUGUAAAUUCCUGAUGCCCGUCUUCACUGUUUCAUAGCCGGCACGUCAGUCUGGAUGUUCCCCUCACUGAGACCUUUAGUGCAGUUAUGAUGCUGCAGGCGUCUAAUGAUCAGAUGAACUACAGCAGUGUAGUCCUUCGCUGUGAUGGCUGUGUUGCCUUCCUGCAACACCCGGUGCUUUUUUCACACUCACUGGAGCUUUUUGUUAAACCUCCAGGCUGCGGCAGGCUCCGUGCUCAUUCUUACCUCAAUAAACAAGCUGGAAAUUUUCACUUGGUCGUUCACCAUUGGCUACACUGAAGGGGUGUGAACAAGUUAAAAGUGGAAAAAAAACCCCACGUCCUUUUGACAUGCAGGGACUAGAUUGUAAUCAAUACUGGCUCGGCUGGGAAAACCCAACCACAGGAACACUGAUGAUAUCUUCCUUACUGUAAAUGAAUCCAAUGAAACACAAGCUGCCAACACCAACAAACCUGUCCUACCUAACGAGUACUGUCUGUUUGAAGCCUCAUGUAUCUUAUUCUUGUUUGCUGUAGAGCUUCUUAAAAACAUCCAAAUGAGCCACACCUUUCUAUAGGGUGGUGUGUUCCACCAUUACAAUGAACAUAUAUGAUCCUGCUGCACUCACCAGAGCUGAACAGUCCCCAGUGAAUUCAUUCUUUAAUAACAUUUAUAGGAAACGACUUCCUCAUGACUUUUCUUCUUCAGUGUGAAGACAAACACUCCAGGCUGACUGUGACAGACAGGCUGAGAUCAUAUUUUCUUACAGCUGCACAGAGUUUCACACAACAUGGAUGACUGUUGUCUGAUGGGCCCAAGCAGAACACUAACAGAGCAGCUGGUUGGUUUUGGUCAUUUGGGAUGUAAAAACCAAACAAACAUGAAAAUAAAGCCCGUCUCCUUUUUCCUUCACAGGGCUGCCUUUAAUACUGGUUACCAGUUCCUGAUGAUUUGCUCCAGUAUUUUAUUGCAGUUUACAGUGUGAGGAACAAAGUUGCCCCAAAUGCACAGAAGGUCCAGUUAGAAUAAAAGUCCAUUGAUGACUGAUUCAUAUAUAUUUCAUUUGUGCCUGAGGAUGUUUCACACAGGGACUGAUCUCUAUGCAGUCAUUUAAGUGGAGAAAAGCCAGAUUAGUGCGUAUACGUAAAUCUGCGCUAAUCCCGGAUUAUGUAAUACAUGUGGAUGUUGAUGAGAUUUGGGAUGAUUUGCUGUUAUUGUACCGGGGCUUAUUACUCUGCUCAGACAUGUGGAGAAAAUCAGCCAAAUACAACAGACUAACAUCUUUGGAUGACUCGUGUUUCUUUAUGUUCUUUGAAGCUAACAGGAACCCUGAGGAACCUUCUAAACAAAGAAAAUGAGUUUGUUUUGUUAGACUAUAACAUAUUUUCUGCAGAGAGAAGUUUAGUUUAAAGGUCUUGUUCUCCCAAUUCUGCCUCCAGUCAGGCUUUCAUUGAUGCAAAAAUGUGUUUUUAAUUGAUGUUCCCAUGUAAUCCAAAGAGUAAUAAAUAAAAAUGUAAUAUUAGAAUACGCUCACAAUAGUCCCCUCUAUCUCAUAAGAGAGAACACAGCAGCAUUGCCAAGACUAGGGUUUGCCAGAGAAUGCUGCAUCAAAGGAUUUAAUACAGUUGUCAUUUAAAAGCGAUUGUGCUUUGCAUGUUUAUUUCAUUUCAUCCAUACUUUUUUUUAAAGAAAUCCAAUAGAUUGGCCUCAUUCUGGACUUCCACAUAAUAAUACAAGCCAAAGUUUUUAAUUUUUCUACAAAGGC